AUGGCAGCCGUCACUGUGGCACCCAGCAUCCUGGUUCCCCAGGGAACGCUGGACAGGAUCCUGCUGAGCCAGGGCAGCAAGGAGCAGAAAAGGCUGCCUGCCUCCAACAGGACCCUGGUGCUGCCCCGACAAGUCAUCAAGUCCUCCGACACUCACUACAGAGCCCUUUCCUGAUGCUACCUGGGGAUGCUGCUGGAAAGGAAAGAAACGUUUUCCACCACCCUGACGGGGAUGCGGGACUGCGGCUUCUCCGAGACCGAACACCUCGAUUGCUCUGGAAAGGUGCUAUACCCAGCGCGAUAGAAACGGUGAAAAGACAACCCUCCCAUCCUGAACCGCCCGGCAAAAACCUUCCACCUCCUGGGCCAGCAGGAGAUGGCCAAAGGGAUAUGCAAAAUGGCACUGGAGGUCCUGCGGGACCCGCACUUCAACUGGCAGGUGUACCGCACCUGGGCACAGAUCCACAUGAAGAUACAUCUGCAAGAUCUGGGACGCACCAAGAUGGGACAGGGCCCAGUGCCUGACAGAAGGAAGCUCAUGCAUGCUAAAAAUCACCCUGAAAGGGUCCUCAGGUUUGUCCAUGCCCGAGGACAAACCUGGACACGGGGCAGACCUGAACUCCAGCUCUUCAGGGGCAAAUCUGCGCUUAAAAGCCAGGAAACGCUUGCCAUCGAGUGCUUCAAGCGGGCCAUCGAACUGGACAACGUGGGCUCCACUGAGAACUUGCGGUGCCUCUUGGAGACACCGCUCGUGCUCUUCGGCCAGGUGAAGCUGAAGACAGAAACGCUGAUGCAGGCAGUGGAACGGUGGGUUAAGAAAGCCGAGGAGAAAUUCUCACGGCAGCGGAGGGUGGUCUGCCGCAACCACGCGUGGGAGGUGGUCCAGCUCUGCAAAGCCACGAUCGGCCGGGGGGCAGGACGGAGCCGGUGA